AGGAGAUAGGCGUGGUAGUUUGGAAGCUGUGAUCAGACUUUUUCCACAGAGAGAGAGAGAGAGAGAGAGAGAGAGAGAGAGAUGGGGAGAAGGGGAGCGGGAGAGGCAGUGAGAGCGUACAGAGCGCUGCUGAAGGCGACAAGGAAGACAUUCGCAGGGGACACUCUGAUGCUGAGGCAGUCUGCGGCGGAGGUGAGGAAGAAAUUCGAUGAAAACCGCCAUGUCACCUCCGAAACCGACAUCAAUAGACUCCUUGACGAGGCAAGCCAGGCCUCUGAUUUCAUCUCCACCAUGAUCGUCCAGGCCAGACUCAACCCCCACGGCAGUUACUUGGUGAAGCCAGGUAAAGAGCAUGCAGGAGCGACACUCGAGAUUCCUUCAGAAGAGAUUCUUAACAAGUCUGCAUAAGUAGAGGGAGUAUAAGCAUCGCUGCAACACAUGCUCAAUCAUUUGGGUCUCCUAUCUAAUGACGGUAAUUUAUUUUUGGUAGUGCUCUGUCAAAAAAAAUUAUGAAAUCUAUCAUUUGUAGUUCAUUCAAUUAACAAUUUCUCCUUUGCUCUGUUGAAAAUUUUGAAAGACUUCAACUGUACUAAGCUAUUGUUGUCAACAUUUUGUUCUACUGCUAUCUGGAUUUUGCUUUAAGUGAA